CGUUGACCGGCCACCAAUGCCAGAGGAUUCAUAAAGGAUCGCCGGUAAGAUACAAAGGCUCCGUAGAGCACCGGUAAGAGGCAAGGGGCUCUAGGAGUUCGCGCGCAAGUAGGCGGCAGCAGCAUUUCGUUGUGGGUCCAAUCGUGCUGCGGCUCGCUGCAGAUAUCGCUCCAGCUGACCUGGAGGCUAAUCGCGUGUACGGCCGAGGCGGCGACAUAGGGAGCGAACUGCUGAGGAUGCUGAUGCCGGCUGCCGCGGGCCUGAGCGCCGUCGGCGCUCCCGGGCCCGAGGACCUCGUCGGGGGUCUCGGGGCCCUUGCCGGCGCCACGCCACAGCAGAAGGAUACUACCUGGACGAAGCUCUUCGUCGGCGGUUUGCCCUACCACACGACCGAUAAGAGCCUGAGGGAACAUUUCAAUGUGUACGGAGACAUCGAGGAGGCGGUCGUCAUUACCGACAGGCAGACCGGCAAGAGCAGGGGCUACGGAUUUGUGAUCAUGGGAGACAGGCCGGCCGCCGAGCGCGCCUGCAAGGACCCGAACCCCAUAAUCGACGGCCGUAAAGCGAACGUCAAUUUGGCGAUACUCGGCGCCAAGCCCAGGGGCAACCUCCAAGCGGCAUUUCCAUUCGCCGCUGGUAUUCGCGCCGGAUAUCCCGCAGUUCUACCUGGGCAAUAUGGAGUGCCGCCCGGUUACGUCUACCAGUCUCCUUACUUAGCGGCGGCGGCACCCGGGGGUCUGGUGCCUCUGCCCGCGACGCAGCUUAGCCACGCCGCUGCCGUUGCCGCGGCCUCCCAAUUCUACGAGUACCAGAACGCGGCCGCGGCGGCCGCCACCUACCCGGCGACGUCCUACAACUUCGCCGAGGCUUAUCCAUACACGAGCGCAGCAGCUGCCGGUAUGUCCCUCAAAAUCGCGGCGAAAGCGCCGGAGCAAGCGCAGCUCGUUAAUCACGGCGCCCACUUGAGGCUCGCCCAGCAUCAGCAGCAGCAGCAGCAGCAUCAACACCAACAUCGACACCAGCACCAGCACCACCACCAUCAUCAGCAACAGCAACAGACUAACGGCAGCCCGACGGCGCUGCUGAUGCAUCAUCGCCUGGAGAAGGCGCUGCUGCCGCAGUUUCUGCCUUCGGUGCUGCGCGGCAAUGCUAAUGCGGCGGCAGCGAGUUACGUGACGCCAUAUACAUAUGCGACGCUCCCGGGCGCCGGAGGUUUGCCAUCCGCGGCGACGGCCGCCGGCGCGGCCUUCCCCGGGCUUCCUUAUCAGACGACGCCCCAGGAGGCGAGGCUUCAAUAAAGCCGCCCGUCCGACGUCCGCAUCCUCGCUGGCUCAGCGAACUUUUUUUUCUUAACAUCCGGUGCAACUUAACCAAUGUAACCGCGUGGAUAUGGUAGCUGAUUAACAUUGGCUCACGGCUUAUAAGAUGGUGAAUGGAAUUUGAACGUGAAGUGACGAGACGAAGGGAAGAUAGAUGAGGAAUGUUUCAUUGGGAGAGCAGCGGAGUACAUCGGA